AUGACCAAGAAGAGCAAGGAAGAGCUUGUUCAAGACUUGAAAGAAAUAGAGUCAAAGGUCCAAAAGUUGAUAAUAGACCUCGGCAAGGAGAGGAGCGACGAAAGCAAAACAAAUGAACGGGAACAAGAGGAGAAGUUUCCCAUCACAUUGGAAAUUGGUGAUAAAGUAUUGAUAAAGAAGCCUAAGAAAGGGCAGGAAACGAUUGGAAUAAUCGAAUCGUUUGGAAAGAAGUUUGUCACGGUAAAGACGGCAACACAAACAAUCAAGAGAAUCCCACAGAACUUGAAGAAAGUGGGAAAUUGA